UUUCUUUGAUUUGUUUUCAUAUUAGGUGGUUGGAUUUUUUUUUUUUCCAUUUAUGUUCUUCCGUUUUGUUUUUUAAAUCUGAUCGGAAGAUACCCUGGAUUUUAGCUUCUAGAUUUGUACGUAGAAAUCAAUUGGAGUUAGUAAGUGUUUUACUUUAAUCAAUGAAGAGUGCUUCGCCGGAGCAAUCAUCAGUUAAAGCUGGUGAAAGAAUCGAAAACGGCGACAAGGAUAAGAAGAAGAAGCGCAGAACUAGUCGUCGAUCCAAGAACAGCUCAGUAGGUUGUGCAAUAGAAGACAUCAAUUUAGAAGCAUCGGAUGGACGAACCAGUUUGAGUAAAGCAAAAGAUUGUGCUUCUUCUUCACUUUGUACUAAGCAGAGAUCAGGCUUGGAUGAUUCCAGUGAAUUAACGAGAGCGUCUAAUGUUGCUUUCAAUUCUAUGCCGCCUUUGCGUUUCGAGGGUGGUGUCCCGAGCUCUGGAAGUCCCCUGGUCCGUUCUGCUGAAAUUAGUAAACAGUUGUUGUCCAAGUCGUGUCCUGAUCCUAGGGAUUGUGAGCAGUCUCCUAGAAUGGAUGGUGACUUGUUCCACCAAAUUGAAGGUUCCUCGCAGCGAAAGAUUUUCCCUUCACACUGGUCUCUCGAUGCUGUGAAAGAGGCUUUAGAGAAGGGUGAAGCUUUUAAGGCACUAUUUCGGGUGAAUGCUCAUAACCGCAAUGAGGCUUACUGUAAGAUCGAUGGAGUCCCUACAGAUAUUCUAAUCAGUGGAAACGUUGGCCAAAAUAGAGCAGUGGAAGGAGAUACUGUUGCUAUUAAACUGGAUCCGCUCUCACUGUGGCCUAGGAUGAAAGGAUUUGUUACAGAAAAUGUUGCAAAGUCUGAAGAAACGAGCAGUCCCCCAGAUAAAGAUGAGCAUGUCCGCCAUUUAGGAAGGGACGAGAUAAAUGCUCAAGUGAAAAAUUCUGUUGGUGUGGUGGAAGGUUUUGAAGAUGGGUAUUCGACAAACAAAUCUUCAGUUAUAGGACACGGGGUUAAGAACUGUGUUAGUCGCGGUUUUACUCCAUUACUGGAUUCAUGUUUGGGCUCUUUUAGUGAGCAGAAAGGAGUUGGCAGUGCGGCGGAGAAGCUAUGCGCUAUCAUUAGUUCUUUCCCCAACAAACGACCAACUGGACAAGUAGUUGCUGUCGUUGAAAAAUCACUUGUAAGAAAUUCUAUUGUUGGUUUGCUGGAUGUGAAGGGAUGGAUUCAUUACAAGGAAGGUAAUGAAAAAACGAGCAAGUCUCCUUUGUCUCUUUCUGAUGAUGAAUACGUCCAACUGAUGCCUGCAGACCCUAAGUUCCCAAAAUUGAUUGUUCCCUUCCAUGUCUUACCUGGAAGCAUUAGAGCAAGACUUGAGAGUAUGGAUCCGACUCUCGAGGCAGAGCUGGUAGCUGCCCAAAUUGUGGACUGGGGCGAAGGGAGUCCAUUUCCCCGAGCCCAGAUUACACAUAUGUUUGGCCGAGGCAGUGAAUUGGAACCCCAGAUCAAUGCGAUAUUAUAUCAGAAUUCGGUUUGCGAUUCUGAAUUUUCUCCUGGCUCUCUUGCUAGCCUUCCACGUGCUCCUUGGGAAAUCCCAGAAGAAGAGGUUCAACGCAGAAAAGAUCUGAGAGACCUGUGUGUAUUCACCAUCGACCCCUCGACGGCUACAGACCUCGAUGACGCUCUAUCAGUACAAAGUUUACCCGGCGGUUUUUUUAGAGUCGGUGUUCACAUUGCUGAUGUCUCCUACUUUGUUUUACCAGACACUACUCUUGACACAGAAGCUCAGUUUAGGUCGACAAGUGUUUACAUGCUGCGGAGAAAAGUACCAAUGUUGCCUCCAUUAUUAUCGGAGAACGUUGGUUCACUUAACCCAGGAGCUGCUAGGCUUGCUUUUUCUAUCUUCUGGGAUUUAAAUAGAGAAGGAGAUGUGACAGAUCGCUGGAUUGGUCGUACUGUUAUACGGUCGUGCUGCAAGCUUUCGUAUGACCAUGCUCAAGACAUUAUAGAUGGGAUGAAUGACGUUGCAGCGAAUGCCUGGCCUGCUUUGUACGGACCUUUCGAGUGGAGUGAUGUAAUUCGAUCUGUCCAACAGCUUAGUGAGAUUUCCACCACUUUAAGGCAAAAAAGGUUUAGAAAUGGGGCGUUGCAGCUGCAGAAUUCCAAACCCGUUUUUCUCUUCGAUGAACAUGGAGUUCCGUAUGAUUUUGUGGUGUGCAGUAGAAAGCCUUCAAAUCUCCUUGUUGAGGAGUUUAUGCUUUUAGCAAAUAUGACAGCGGCUGAGGUGAUUUCUCGAGCUUACCCUCACAGUGCAUUGCUCCGGAGGCAUCCAGAACCUAAUAUGCGUAAGCUCAAAGAAUUUGAAGGCUUUUGUUCAAAGCAUGGUAUGGAGUUGGACGUUUCUUCUUCUGGCCAAUUCCAGGUGUCAUUGGCGAAAAUCACAGAAAACCUCAAGGAUGACUCAGUUUUUGUAGACAUUCUCAACAAUUAUGCUAUAAAACCAAUGCAAUUUGCAUCUUACUUCUGCACUGGGAACUUGAAGGAGGAUGUUGCUGAGUGGGGACACUAUGCACUUGCUGUUCCUCUCUAUACUCACUUUACAUCUCCUCUUCGACGAUAUCCCGACAUAGUUGUUCAUCGUGCGGUUGCGGCUGCUCUUGAAGCUGAGGAGUUGUUCUCAAAGCUGAAGCAAAAAUCAGGUGGUGAAUUGAGAAGCUGCUUCACUGGCAUUCGUUUCGAUAAAGAUGCUGCAGAAUCUAUGGAGGGCAAGGAAGCAUUAUCAGUCGCUGGUUUGAAACAUGGUGUUCCCUCCACUGAAAUACUCUCUGAUAUCGCUGCUUAUUGCAAUGAGAGGAAGCUGGCGGCUCGAAAAGUCAAAGAUGCAUGUGAUAAGCUUUACACUUGGUGUGUGUUGAAGAGAAAAAAGGUUUUUCCGUGUGAAGCUAGAGUAAUGAACUUGGGAUCAAGAUUUAUGACUAUUUACAUUGGCAAGCUUGGCAUUGAACGGAGAAUAUACUAUGACCAGAUUGAAGGCUUGUGUGCAGAAUGGCUAGAGGCAACAUCAACCUUAAUCCUUGAUAAACUCUAUUCCAAAAGAGGUGGAAGAGGCUAUUUCAAGCCCUUGAAAGAGGUUGCUUAUUUGGUGAGUCCUUGUGACCUAUGUGUUGCCAAAUACAAUGCACUGUCUGUCAAUGACACCGAGCGAGAAGACGAGAUUGCCCCUGCGGUAUUUCCUUUGACCAUCCAGCUUUUCUCGACCGUUCCUGUGGUUCUUCACGCUGUUGGUGGCGAUGACGGUCCGCUAGAUAUAGGAGCGAGACUCUACAUGACUUCAUAUUAUUGAUGAUUGGAGCAAAGAGAUCUCUGAAGAUGCAGAUUAUAGCAACUGUUGUAUAUUUUUUUUUUUUUUCACAUUACAGUUGCUGAAAAAGCAAUCAUGUCGGACGAGAAUACAGCUCCGUAGUUGGAUGAUAUAGACUAGACACAAAGAGACCAAAUGUGGAGACUUGCCGUUGUUUUUGGUUCGGUUUGGAUCCACAUUGGUUUGAAGUUGUGUUAAAAAUGUGUUUCUAUUUUUUUUUGUUUUCAUGGAUUUCGCUUUCCCAAUAUGUUUUAGUUUUGGGUUAGCUGAAGAAAUCAUCAAAAGCUUUCUUGUUUGGUGA